AUGGUAACCAGCAACAAGAUGUCCGAUGAUAUUAUUACGUUAAGUGAAGAAAGAGGAUUGUAUUUACAGCCUUAUUGUCGGAUUAAUAUUAAGGCACAAAUACCUGAGAUAAAAGGAGUUGGGAAAUCCAUCUCCAAUUGGGAAAUUAUGGAAAAAUUACGAGCAGCUAUUCAACCCUAUGAAUUUAGCUUACUCAAGGUCGAGUCCAUUACUCGAGAAAUGGUGACUUUUGAGGGAGAAUUAUUGACUCGUCAGUCCAAAAAGCCAGUUCUCCACAUGUUAAAUGGUAAACAAUUAAAAUUGAGUGGAUUCUCCAGCGCUUUUGCCCUUUCAGCCAGUGAAAACAAAAGCGACAACUAUCCUACUCAGCAUGAUUGGGAAUCUUUCUUUGCUGACAUGGAUCAAACUGAAUAUGGCGAACGGCCGGAUACUGUCGUCAUCGAUAAUUUACCAUGCUACUGGUUUAUGGAUCCUGGCCACCACAGUACAGAUCAUAAACCCAAUCAAGAUAUCGUUAUGCAAGUAUUUAGCAAAUUUGGCACCAUUCGCUGCUUGCAUAUUCCUUUACUGGAUAAAUAUCACAAAAGUGCUGAUAAUCCAUUUCAGACAUUUUCAUUCAAUAAUCAAUUGAAUUUUAAAGUAUAUAUUCAAUAUGAAGAAUAUCAAGGAUUUUGCCUAGCCAUUCACCAAUUGAAAGGUAUGAAACUACAGUACCGAUUAAAUCGUACUCAAGAUGGCCAAAAAAAGGAAAUGCUGGCCAAGAUACAGGUCGAUUUCGAUAAAACUGGCCAUUUAAACUCCAAAAAUAUUCGAAAGAGGCGAUUUGAAAAAUUAAAAUUACAACAAUUAGAAAAGGAAGCUGAUGACAAAGCUAAACUUGAACAGCAAAAAAAAGAAGAAUUAGAAAGGCAACGAGAAUCGGAAAGAAAAAGACAAGAAGAAGAACGACGUAGACAGCAAUUAGAAGAGGAAAAACGGCGAAAGGAGAGAUAUCAAGAGAAAAGAAGGCAGAAAAAUCAACGUCAACAACUACGCCAGCAAAAACGGGAAAGAUUGCGUCAAUUGCAAUUACAGUUGCAAAAUGAAUUAGACCAAAGACGAAAAAAUGCAGAGGAAAAAUUGGCUGUUAUGAAUCUUGAGAAUAAGAAUCGAGCUAAACAAUUGUUAACUUAUUUAUUACAACAAAUUGCUAAUGUUCGUAUAGAGAAAGUAAGGAAAUGCCAAGAGGAGGAAAGAAAGAGAAAGCAAUUAGCCGGCGAAGAAUCUUUGCGACGACGACUAAUUAACAAAAUUAAAAAGCAGGAAAGUAGAAAAAGGGCAUUAAAGCGUGAAUUAUUAUGCAGGCAAAUAGAUGGAUCUUUGCUAAGAUCUGCCAUUGUAAAGAAGUAA